AUGGGGAACAAGAACUGCGUGCCGGAGCUCUUCGGUGGCAAGACCGACACCGCGAGCGAUGCGAACGAUCGACCGCGGGCGCCGAAGGACGCCGAGACGAUCGCGUCGCCGUCGAAGCAGGCGAUGAAGUCGUCCGCCCACCCCGAACCAUCGUCGUCGGCGCCCGCCGCCGCCGCGCAGCGAACCCGCAAACCGUCAACUCCCGGCGCGCUGAAGCGCAUGGAGAAGCGCGAGCAGCGCCGCGCGGUCACGGCGAGCCUCCCGGAGGCGUGGCGACUGCUCGAAGAACGCCAGCGCGCCGUCAUUCGCCGCGUCGCAGAGUGCGAACGCGCGGCGGGGUACGUCGGAACUAAUCGCGCCAAGAAGACGGCGUGGGACAACGCGAGGUACCAAGGUCUGGGAGGUAAGAAUUACCUGAAGGGGGGGAAGCGGGGCGGGGCGCGGCAGAAGGAGAUCGAGAACGGCGUCGUCGGGGCGGAGGAGGAAGACGGCGGCGCGAUGGUCGAGCGGGGCAACGAAGCCGUCAACGAUGGCGUCGGCGGCACAGCUGGUGGCGGAUGGUACGCUGGUAAAACCGACGAGGAGAUCGUCGCGGACACCGUGUCCUGGCUCGCGCAGGAGAUGCGGGCGAUGAUGAUCUACCGCGACUACCGCGACAUAUACGAGCGCGCGCUCGCCAUCUUAGAUAAGUGGCGACGGUCGUUUCCAAAGUCUGUCUGGAUCCGGGUGGUGAAAUCGGGGAGAAUCGCGAAGGAGCUCAACGAGUGCGCGCCCGUCAUCAAGCACGCGCUGGACCGCGUGGCGAAGAUGCCGGUGCCGGCGGACCCGGACGAGCGGGCGACGGUCAUCGACCUUUGCAGCGGGUUCGGAUACCUCGGCAUGUUUCUCUCCGAGAUGCUCGACCCGAGGAAGGUGAAGAUGAUCGCGCUGGUGGAUAAGCAGUGGCCGAUGUUCAACGCGGCUCCAAAGUCGCACCAGAUCAACUGGGACCACGUGUACGGAAUAGACGGAUGGGACCCCGAGUGGCCGAUCAAGCUUCAAACGCGCAAGGACGACAUCAAGCAGGCUGGGCAGCUUCGACAGAUCGAGAAACACGUCUUUGGAAAACACAGAGGACCGUUCAUAAUCCUCGCCGUUCACCUGUGCGGAACGUUGAGCGUCAAGGCUGUGGAGAUGUUCAACCUCCACGAGAACGCGUCGGACUUGGUCCUGAAGCCGUGCUGUCUGCCGGGAUGGAACCACACGUACACGCACGACACCUGGGAGCUCGGCGGACACUGCAUACCGGUCAAAGACGUCUGCGCCAAGGGAAAGUGGAAGGGUAACAGGUGGAUAGGUCCGCCGCGCUCGCACCUGCGCCACAAGUUCGCCACGUGGUGCGAUAACCUCUACAAGGGCAUCGACGUCGCCGAAUCCGAGAAGCGGACGGAACAGAUACUCAUCCAGGAGGAGGGCGGACACCAGAACACGUUCAUGUUCGCGGAGCGCGAGAGGUUUUCCGGCGGAAGGUGA